ACGGAACCAACCAGCAAACAAAACCAUCGCACCGGCAGACAUCUCUCUGUCAAACCCACGCAAACGCAAACGCACCGAAACGAAACGAAUCGAAACGAGCGAAGCCUGCAUUCCAACCGGGUCCGUCCACACAAAACGCCCGAUCCACCUCCGUGCGCGAAAGCCUUCCUUACCAUCCAACAACCAUGUCUUGUUCUGCCAUCCGAAAGAGUCCCGAUUCGAUGCACGCGGCCGCGGCUCCCGUUCGCGUUGCUGCUCCACCGCCACCCCACUCGCACUACUUCGAAGAGUCCGGGCCGCCGAUCGGAGCGGGCUCCGAGAAGCUCCACACGAAACGCCAGGUCAAGGGCGCCGCGGUCGCGGGAGGGGUCACCGGCCUCGUCCUGCUCGGGCCGGCCGCCGGAUUGCUCGCGGCGGGCGGCGCCGCCCUGGCGACAACCAAGGGCCGGGGCAAGCUCGGAAGGGCCGCGAGGGCGACCGGGGAUUCCGUGUCGGACCUCGGGAGGAGCGCCAAGAAGUUCGACCAAAAGCACGGCGUCCGGGAGAAGACCUCCAGGGGAAUCGCAAAGGGGUGCGACUGGAUCUCGAAAAAACUGGACAAGGGCAAGGAAGCAACACGGAAGCCAUACUAGCUAGUAAUGCCCCGAGGAGUUGGCUGCGCAGGCCGGUGGUUUGGCCUUUUCCCAUCGCACGAUUUGAAACCGUUGGGAGAAGGUGUUUUGCUUUGAGUCGGGUGUUUUGCUUUGAGUCGGCAUGGUACACUUCGUGAUUUAAUAAUAUUUUUUUUAAUGU